AUGUGUUUUUUUCAUUUCCUCUCCGAUGUGCUUCAACUUGGCUGCUUACCAGACAUGGAAGGUGACAAGUUCAAUUUGACUCCGGUAGACUUUGUGGCCAAGGCAAUCGUCCAGAUUAUGUUGGAAGGUGGGACUUCCAGUGGAAGUGUCCUUCACCCUGCCAUGCCAGACAACUCCAUCUCCAUACACGACUUGGCAAACAUUUUCCAGCUCUUGGGGUACCAAAGUAAGACCAUGGACUUUGUGGACUGGCAAAAGAAGAUCUUGGCGGAGCCCUUGCGCUUCAAGAGCUGGUCCUUUUGCGCUGCACUAACAGUAGAGGGGCAUGGCAUUGAUUCCAUGGCCGACAGCACUAGUGGGGCGCACGCCAUGCGGGCAGCGCUUGGGGAGGAUGCAUAUUGCAGUUUCAAUGCCAAAUCAAAUUUGAAGCAGCAAAUCAGAUGGUAUAUUGCACAAGGUUUGCUACCACCACCUGGAGCAUUGUGA